GGUUUGCAACUCCCGGAUAAACACCACACGUUUUUCAAUGGCCGCUCAUUUAGAUGAACGAGGUGAGAGAAGCUUCGUUAUGCUGAAACCCGAAGCGGUGCAGCGAGGUCUAGUCGCUGACUUGAUCCAACGCUUUGAGAAGAAAGGAUUCAAACUGAUCGGAAUGAAGAUGCAAGUGCCUAGUGUGGGUCACGUUGAGGCGCACUAUGAUGAACACAGGGGCAAGAAGUUCUUUGAGGGUCUGGUGAAGUAUAUGUCAUCAGGACCGGUCAUCCCUAUGGUGUGGCAAGGUAAAGGUGUCGUUGCCACUGUGAGACGUAUGCUGGGAGAAACUGAUCCUGCAAAUUCUUCUCCUGGAACAAUACGCGGUGACUUUGCUAUUGAUUUGGGAAGGAAUAUGGUCCAUGCUAGUGAUUCUGUUGAGACGGCUAAGAGAGAGAUCAAAUUGUGGUUCAAAGACGAGGAAUUGUUUGACUGGGAGCGAGCAGUUGAAUCUUCUGUUUACGAGUAAUUCAGUCAGUUGGGAUUGAAUAUGACACAUAAUGUGGUCAAAUCAAAGAAUCCUUUGAUUGAGGAAUUUGAAUAAAUUGUGUGUACGCAAA